AACGAAGGUUGCCCAGCAAGGUCAUUGAUUUGUUUUCAAGAUGGCAUCCGACGUCAUUGGUGCUACCUUGGACAAGCCAUGGCACAAACAGCUAGCCCUAAAAAGGGCACAAACGAAUCGUGGCAGCUUUUAUCCUCCUAUGAGCAUUGAACCUCUUCCUCAUAUGCGUAGUAGGCUUGGAGGUCAGGGUAUGUCGACCGAGGAGAGAGUUCUUCGACGACAGUGGAUCCAAGCUCAAUAUCUUGCUCCAAAUGAACCAAACUAUGGCCCGUAUGAAAAGCUUCAUUUUAGGAAGAACAUCUUUAGAAGACCCCUGACUGGUGUAUGGGAGAAUUUUUGUAAUUUUUUAAUUUCUGUGACAAAUAGACCUAAGGGAGUUGGCUAUCUUCACUACACUUUCCCCCGGCUCCUUGGUGCUGUUGCUGUUAGCUAUUGGCUUGGUUAUUUAUUGAAAUACCACAAGGGUGAUUGGACGAAAGAAACUGGAUGGAAUAUAUCAUUUACUAGAGAACCUGAGUAUGAUUUGACAAAACCUUAUGUACCAAAACCAGAUAAUGAAUUCUUUGCCAGAGGAUUUACUACUAGAAAGGUGCUAUUGAAUGAAAAGUAAAAAAGAUUGUACAUUUAAUCAUAGACACAGUUCAAAAACACAGUGAAGUGAUAAUAGAAUAAAACUAAAAAUUAUUGGUUUGACACAUCAAGAAGGCAAUAGCGGUGUGCUGCUUUAUAAAGUACACUGUUCAACAUCCAGAAGAAAUUUUUAUUAACUGCCUUAGUUGGUAUAUGAUUUAUUGUAGAGUGAUGAAUAUAUGACUCUCUCCUGAU